AUGUAUAAAUACGUGUUGAUUUUCAUAAUAAAACGAUCUGUUGCCUGGCCCUUGUCUUCUGUUGUUACAUUUGGUGUCGCUGCCUACCGACAAAUGGAAAGCCUAUGCCCUGCUGUUUUCGAUGGAGACAUAUGGAUCUUCGGGCAGGACUUCAAGGCUUCUGCGCAGUUGAGUGGCGUUCAAGAUCUGUCAGCGAUGGAGCUGCUACUUGGGACGCUGCUGGGAGGUCGGGUGAAAGCAGCAUAUGAAAGUGUGAGCCGAAGUAUGGACGAAUGUUCGACAGGGUCAGGCAAACAGUUUCCAAAGUGGGAAGGACCAUAUAUGGUCACUUCGAGAUGGGGUUACGCAGACACAGUCGCAAUGGCGAACAAUAAGAGGCGCGUGAACGUCAGCGAGCUCCAGAAAUGGAUACAGCGAGACAAGCCAACGAUGACGCCUGCACCAAGUAGAUCAAGCCGACUUCAGUCGCACGUAUUUGACGGGGGGACGAGUGUGGUGAGAGCAGGCUGCUAGCCGAUUGGUUGGCACUAAUCUACGUUAAGGUCUAGGUCACUAAUAUGGGCCGUGAACAAGGCUGAGUCAACAACCAAUCACAGCGAAGUUAACGUGGCAAAAUAUGAUUCGCAGAUAGAGAACUCUGUUUGUCAAGGAAUCCCGAAACAACCAAUCAGAAGCCUGCGUUUGUCUACCUAAACAACCAAUCAGA